AUGCCCGAAGGCUACGACUACCUCUUCAAGCUCCUUCUCAUUGGCGACUCGGGCGUGGGCAAGUCAUGCCUGCUCCUGCGGUUCGCGGAGGACGCGUUCACGGACAGCUAUCUGAGCACCAUUGGCGUUGAUUUCAAAAUCCGGACCAUCGAGCUCGAGGGAAAGACGAUCAAACUGCAGAUCUGGGACACCGCGGGUCAAGAACGCUUCCGCACCAUCGCGGCCGCGUACUACCGCGGCGCGCACGGCAUCAUCAUGGUGUAUGAUGUCACCGACGGAGAGACGUUCUCGAACGUCAAGGGCUGGCUGCAGGAGAUCGACCGCUACGCGUCCGAGGGCGUCAAGAAGCUCAUCAUCGGCAACAAGUCCGACCUCGUCGAGAAAAAGGUCGUCGAGUACUCGAUGGCAAAGGAGUUCGCGGACCAGCUGUCAAUACCGUUCAUCGAGACCUCGGCCAAAAACUCGACGAACGUCGAUGAGGCGUUCAGCAUGAUGGCCAAGACUAUCAAAGACGAUGUCGACAGCCAGCAGCCUGGCGAAGCUGCGGACAAGUCCUCGACCGUUACCCCUGGACGGAGUCUCAAUCAAGAAGAGGAUUCUGGCGGCUGUGCGUGCUGA